AUGCCACUCAUCAUUCCCUCUCAGCAGGGCUCGUCAUCCAUGUACAUGGACGACCACGCACAACUAUCUUGGAGCAAGAGCCCGAUGCAACUGGCCUACCAUGCGUACCUCAGGACUACCCUACUCUGCAUAAAGGCCCGCGGUUUCGGCCUCCGGCGGAUCCUGCCAAAACCGAGAUCCUCUACAUCCCCACGAGGGACGGGAGCCAAGCCCUAUAGAGCUGACCCGCCUAUGAAGGCAGCUCAGGUGGGGGGCACGUCCUUCCAUCCCAGCAAGUCAAUCAAAUGGCUUGGGGUGUCACUGGACCGCAAGGCUGAGCCCCGCGACGCAAGCGGCUGCCAGGGUAUCGGCGACGGCCCUAAUCAUAGGGUUGGUGAAACGCCUGUUCAAUACGAAAGUGCGGAGUUCCCCCCGGGCGGCGGUCCUGACAUCUUCAACGCAGUCGUUAUCCUCUCUACUGCAUGGAAUGCGGGCCUUUACCCGGAGUUCCUGCUAGACAGGGAGAAGGCUAGAUGGAAGAAUCGCAUGGAGAUACUGCUGGCCAACCACCCUCUGCAGGUCAGCUUAGUAGGUCCCCCUACUGAGGAUGGUCCCGUCUGCACCAGGCAGCGGCGGGCCUUGGGCCUCAGCCCCAAUGGGAGCCACACCGCCCGGGUCCCAGGCCGUGGCUGGAGCUCUCUCCUUCACCCCAAAAGGGACGCCGGGUUCUCCCCGGACAUGGGGAGCUGUGGCGGUCAAACAAACCCUUCGUCCCAGUGGGACUGGCAUACGGCGAGGCCUUUCUUGGAACGCUUCUCCCGACAAUGCCUGGCCCGCUGGCUCUCAGAGGCCUCGGGUCACGGAGACUUCUUGGAGUACCACGUGCAGUUCAACCACCCCCCGGAGGCGAUCAAGUCCUGCCCGUGCGGGCGGGUGAUCUCAAGGGGCCACUUCUCCGCCUGCACCCUCACCACGUUAAAAAAUCCCUAG